CAAGUCUUUUCAGAGGGCGUGAUCUUUUUUAUUGGAAUAGCCAAUCAAAAUCUUGAUGUUGUAUGGAAAUAUAGACACGAUUUUUCAUCGUACACGUUGAAUUUAAACACAAGCAGAUAGAUUUAGGUCCGUCUGACGGUUGAGACCCAUGUUGUGAUUCCGAGAUGCCGGUGGGUCCAUAUGACCAAGACAGUUUUUAUCUGAACACCCCAAUCCAUACCCCAGAGAGAACCCUUGGAAAUGAAUCCAGCUCCAGCUUGUUGAAGUCUGUGAAGGCACAGGAAGACCAAUUUAAACGAAUAACUCGGGAAUUACAAACUGAGAGAAGAAACCACAAGCAGUACAAAGCUUCCCCAGGUAUUAUGACUAGUUUUAACACCACGGAAGACUCCCUCCCCUGGCGGAGUCCCCACUCCCUAGCCAAUUCUAGAAUAGAGGACGACAGUUUUGUCUCGCCAAAAAUGAACUCCCACCUCUUGGAUUCUUGUAUGAGGGAGUUAGAAGAUAGAGGCACAUUUGGAACGGACAACAUGGAUUUUGACAAUUACGCCCAUGAGAGUUCAUAUGGGGGUCAUGACCCUGGGAUGUACAGCAGUGACCCCUAUGGACAGAGUUACUCCCCUCACCUCCCUAACGGUGGUCAGUAUUACCAGGACGAGCGGUCCCCUCAUGGAUCACGAGUCUCCCUCCACAGUGGCGGUAGUAACAGAAACCUGUCCAGAAUGGAUAACAAGCUGAUGGGCCAGGGGUCGAUGGGAUCCCUACACAGAGUGGAGCCCUCCCAGCCCCAUGACAACUACGCCUCCUACUCCUCGCUGUCUCGCCCCCAGUAUGAUGACGGUCCACCCCAGGGCUCACCACACAGCCCGGGCACCCCCACAAGGUUUAAUGGCUAUCAGGAUCCGCCAUACGGUGGCGGGGGGCGCUACAGUAUGGCGUCCAAUGAUAGCAUACACAGAGAUGAUCCUUACAGUGGUUAUGAUCCUAGGGAUGGCCCUCCACGGAGCAGAGGCAGCUACGACCAGUCUCCCCCCUACAGCAGUAACCAGCACCUGACCCAGGACCCUCACUACCCAGGAUACCCCACGGAUGACCGCUACGGGGAUCCCCAAGGUCACGACCCCUAUGGCGAUCACAUGGGAAACGAUCGCCAUGGUGAUCCCCACAAUGACUCUCAUGUCAGUGACUCCUUCUAUAGAGAUUCCCCUGACAGAAAUAACAUGUAUCCAAGGAAUGGGCCUCACCAUGACAACUAUGCAGACUACCCACCAGAAGACAUUCAUGACCCAUCUUACACUGACGACAGAUACAGAGGACAUCCUGACGAUUCAGGCAAUUACAGGGAAUCUCCUCUUCCUAGGGACCCUGGGAGUUACAGGGAAUCCCCAUUGCCAAGGGAUCAUGGGAAUUACAGGGAAUCUCCAUUACCAAGGGAUCCUGGAAAUUACAGGGAAUCUCCAUUACCAAGGGAUCCUGGAAAUUACCAGGAAUCUCCUCUCCCAAGAGAACAAGGAUAUGGAGAUCCUCCAGAGGAUAGGUUCCACAACAUGUCCCUGAAUGAUCCCCAGGGGAACUAUCCCCCGGACGACAGUUACCCUGGUAACCCACAGAACCCCGGCUAUGACCAGCGUGGACCAGAUGACAGGUAUGGAGAUGAGCCACAGACAUUCGGUGAUUACGACGAUCAGCCGUACAGGAAACACGAGGGACUUCCUCCUGUUCACAGUGACCCAUUCGCGGAUGAUCCAUUCCAGCAGCAGCAGAUGAUGAUGCAGAGAAGUCGCACUCCCACCUCUCUCCAUGAUCAAUAUGAUUCUAACCCUGAUUUACGGUAUAUGCCCCAGGAUGACUUUGACCCCUAUGAUGGUCGUCAUGGUGACUAUGCGCCAAUGAUGGCCCCAAAUAUGGAAUCCCACCCUGAGUUUGAUCAGUCAAAUAUGAGUGGAUAUAACGAUCAUCCAGCGGGGCAGUAUGAUGAUCGCUACAGUAACGACGGGAGGGGGACGCCCCAGAGAGGGCCGUACGAUGAGGAUAUCCCACGGUCAGUCGCGGCCCUGGUCAACAAUCCGCCCAGAGAUCAAUACUCAGAUGGGCGGCAGACACCCUCAGUUCACGGAGAAGGUAACAGCUGGCGACCCCCUGACCUACAGGAAGUGAUUGAUUACCUGAGCCACCCUAACAACCAGGUCAAGGCCAAUGCUGCAGCGUACCUACAACAUCUCUGUUUCACUGACCAAGAUAUCAAGGUCAAGACCAGGGGUCUAGAUGGAAUUCCUCCGCUGGUAGAACUCCUCCACAGUGACUACCCAGAGGUCCAGAAGAACGCAUGUGGGGCGCUGAAGAAUCUGUCGUAUGGACGGGGACCAGCAGGGACCGAUAACAAGAAAGCCAUUGCUAAUGCUGGAGGAAUCACCCAGUUGAUUCGAGUUUUACGUAAAGCUCGAGAGGAGGAGAUCAAAGAACUUGUAACGGGGAUCCUAUGGAAUCUCUCGUCUUGUGAGGAUUUAAAACCCAGUAUCAUUGCUGAGGGCCUACCUGACAUAGUGAGUCAAGUGAUUGUACCGUAUUCCAACUGGAACCAGAGGAAGAUGAUGACCUACGAACCCUGGACCACAGUGUACAAGAACGCAACGGGCAUCAUCAGGAAUUUAAGCUCUGCCAAUAAAGACAAUGAACAAAAGGGCUAUGACACGAGGAACAAGUUAAGGGAGAGCACACACCUUGUGAAGUGUCUGAUCUACACCCUCAAAAUCUCCCGCGAAAACAAUGACCGUGAAAAUAAAAUCGUGGAAAACUGCAUGUGUGCUUUACGGAAUCUCUCAUUCAGAAUUCAGGAAGUGACGGAACAAGACUUUUAUAAGAAACGCACAGUGACCUUAAAACAGAGACAGCAUCCAGAUAAAGAGACUACUGGGUGCUUUGGUGGAGGUCAAAAGAAGAAAGGAACAACUGCCAAGAAAGGAAAACCUGACCUCAAUCAGAAUGCUGAGAUACAACUGCCUCCUGGGGCCCAGGAGUUUAUGGGGCUCUGGCAGAAUGAGACAGUGACACUGUACCUGGACAUCUUGAAGGAGAGCUCUAAUCCAGUCACAGUGGAGGCGGCAGUGGGGGCCAUACAGAAUCUUACUGCCUGUUACUGGAAGUUUGCUGAUGAUGCCAGAGCACUGAUUCGCAGAGAGAAAGCUCUGCCCUCAUUGGUGGAUUUACUGGGCCAGGACCGGGACGAUAUCGUCUGUCAUUCAGCCCUCGCUCUACGCAAUCUGGCCAUUGAUGACAAUAACAAGGCUUUGAUAGGUAAAUAUGCUCUGAAGCCCAUUAUCAAUACCUUACCUCUGGAGAAGCAGAAGGAGAACGUCCCAGACAAAACGAUAUGUGCUGCUGUAGCGCUGCUACAGGAAGUGCUGAAAAACAGCAUGGACUUCGCUCAGAUUUUUGUGAAAGAAAAUGGCAUUCCAAGAUUGAAGUUUGUCAAAUUUGCACAAGGAAAAUUUUUGAAAAAAACCAAGGAUCAUACUCAGAGACUCCUGGAGACUCUUUGGGAAUUCAAAUCCCUUCAUCAAGAAAUUGUGAUCAGUGGUUUGUCAGAGCAAGAUGUCAAGGCCCCUCCAGCGGCCAGCAGACCCCCUGACACCGGACUUGCCACGGCAACCAACACUCCAUACAGUACCAUGAGUCGCGGUAUGGAGAGCCACGGAUAUGACGACGCCACGCUGUCUCCAGGUCGACCAAUGAACAAGCCCUAUCACGCCUCUAAUGGGGGCUAUCACGGCAUGGUUCAAGGUCACAGUAAUCCAGCCAUGAAUGUGGAGGAGCCCUAUUCUUAUGAUGACAGGAGAAGGGGAGAAGAAGUUCCAAUGCGAGACAUGGGUUAUGCCCCUUUGGAGGAUGAUCGACGGGAGAGGAAGACCCCUGUCGGAGGAGUCCCCCUCUUUCCAGGGCUGCAGCCUCAACAGCAAGCUCAGCCACAGUCCAUGUCACACGGAGGGGAACCUUUGUAUGCUCAAGUCAACAAAAACAAACGCAGGGACGACCUCGGGCCCGGGUACCAGGUGAAUCUGAGUGAUCCAGCCAGCCCGCCAGGGGGCGCUGACUCCUGGGUGUAGUGACCAGUGACUAGAAGUGCUAGGACAAAUUUAUGAUGAAGUAAAGAGUACAUUAGUAAAUGAUGGAUUUACACAGAGGUUGUGAAAUGUUCUGAUGUUGUGAUUCUUGGAAGGUUGUACACACCAUGGACAAAAGGUUGUGACCAGACAAGGCGUGAUCUCUGAUCCCUGGAGAGAGAUUCCACACAAUGAAGCUUCUCUCCAAAACUUAAUCCAUUCAGAAAUUUGAUGGUUUCCUGGCCUUAAAGAGUGGGAAGGCUGCAGUGAAUAUCCACACCUCCAGAUCAUAAGAAAUAAGACUACUUUUAUGAAAUCAGAUGUCAAUAGAGACUUUUAUCUGUAUACAGACUGUGACAGGAGAUAUGUGUUUGGACAAGUGUGAUCCAUGCCGCCAUCCUGUAUUCCUUGAGCGAGCGCCACUCCACGCUGGCCACCCCGGAUAUCGGACAGGCUAGCUGCCAUCAUCUUAUUUAUUAGAACAACAUUCCUUUUUAUGUAUACUGACAAUUAUAUCAUAGUAUGGCUAGUGAUGUUUUUCCCCAAAGAUUUUUAUAUAUUUACUAUGGUUUAUAGAAGGAUUAUUUUGUGUUUUAGCAGGCUCCAUGUCUGGGCGACUUUUCUGCAUUUUUUGUAGUUGAUCAACAACAAUGUACAAACCAGAAACCAUUGCUUGUCAUAUUUAAUAUUAUUAUCACCUCACUCCAUAUUGACCUCAUCCUACUAUGCACACGCAGGCUUCAUUCAGUAUGUAUGAACAAUGAUGUACAGCAUUCCACUCAGUGGUCUAACAGACAACUCACAGCAAUAGGGGAGGAGUGUGCCAAGCACGCACCUUAUUUUUGUACUCGAGUUGUUGUCUGCCUCACUCCCUUCUACAUCUUCUCAUCAGGUGGGCAUUAUUUAACCUGUGGGACAUUGAGAGGCUGACCGCCGGCAUUAUAUCACCCCCUCCACAAAACAGUCAGCCGAUGUGAUGGUAUUAAGAAAGACCGACUUCUGUGCAUAUUUCACAAUAACUAUGGCUGAUGUAUGUUCAUCCUCAUGUAAUAGCAGGCACGUAGAUAACCAUGUAUAUGUGUUAAUUCCAGGUUGUCAUCUCAUCUUAUCUAAAAUCAAAGCAGAAUCAAUGUAUCACGGCGUAUCAUUUUUUACAAUAUACAAAAAUAAAAAUUUUAUAUGACAACAUGUA